AUGUACAGCUUGGUGUCGUUGUUCAUGGUGUUUGGAUAUGUAGCAUGCGAUAAAGUUCUUGAACUUACGAAGGAUAACUUUCACUCUGAAUUGAAGUCUCGUCCAGUAACUUUAGUCAAGUUUUACGCACCAUGGUGUGGUCACUGCAAGAACCUGGCUCCAGCAUUCAGUUCAGCUGCGGAUAUUAUUUCUGAGAAGACGGACGAUGUAACACUUGCCAAGUUGGAUUGUACAGCUCACGAAACAAUAUGCUCUGAGUUCAAAGUCAGUGGUUAUCCUACUCUCAAGAUCUUCAGAAACGGAGUGUUAGACACCGAAUAUAAUGGUCCAAGGACUGCAGCGGGUAUCGCGGAUUAUAUGGUAUCUCGAGCUGGACCUCCAUCUAAAGAAAUCAGCUCUGUUGCUGAUGUCGAGAAUGUUCUGUCAGACAGUAAACCAACAGUAGUUGCAUUUAUAAAGUCUGCCAGUAGUCCUUGGACUGAAACUUUCCUAAAACUAGCAACGUCUAUGGUAGACGAUGCUUUAUUUUCUCAUAGUCAUAAUAAUAUUUUCGAGAGCUCGGGAGACUAUGAAAUAAGGUUAUACUUGCCAAAACGCCUUCGGACUAAGCUGGAAGAUGACUAUACUAUGUUUCAAGGAGAAAUGACUACCAGCAAUCUUAAAAGUUGGGUUAGCGAAAAAGGACAGGGACUGGUCGGUUACAGGUUACCAUCGAAUACGUUCUAUUUCCAAGAUUCAAACCUCGUAGUAAUCUACAACAAUCAGUCUAUUGACACCUAUCCAUCCGGUGUAAAAUACUUAAGAAAUCGCAUUUUGAAGACUCUGAAAGACCAAAGUGGAAAGUUCAAAGACUUGAAGUUUGCUUAUAGCUUUACUGGGGACUUCUCAUACGAACUGACCGAGUUUGGUCUGGAAGGAAGUGAAUCGCCAGUUGUCCGAAUAAGAUCUUCAGACAAUAAGAAGUAUAAACUUGACAAGUUCAGUCUUGAAGCCUUCCUUGAGUUCCUGAAUAAGUUCCAAGACGGUUCGUUAACACCGUAUCUAAAAACUGAGUCCCUUCCAUCAGAUGAUUCCUCAGCUGUUAAGAAGUUAGUCGCACUUAACUUCGAUGAAAUUGUUAACGAUGAGAAGAAGGAUGUGAUGGUUGUGUUUCACGCGCCAUGGUGUGGCCACUGUAAGAGUCUGAUGCCCAAAUAUGAAGAAGCAGCCAAAAAACUGAAAGAUGAACCGAAUUUGAUCCUGGCUGCAAUGGAUGCGACUGCCAAUGAUGUUCAUCCCCCAUACGAAGUCACUGGAUUUCCGACGAUAUACUUUGUGCCGAGGGCGAAGAAGUCCUCUCCCAUGCCUUACCAGGGAGGUCGUACCACUGAGGAUAUCAUCAAGUUUCUUGCCCGUGAAGCCACUGAAGAAUUGAGUAGUUAUGAUAGGUCAGGCAACGAAAAGAAAAAGGAACUAUAG